AUGCUUCUCAAAGCUUCUUCGGCCUCCUCUCCCUCGCUCGCUCGCGGGGACAGUUUUUGUCCUCUGUUUUCCUCUGCUCCGCCGUCAUCACCGCCGUCGGUUUCGUACUCGUUCUCGCCUCUGACCUCCUCCACGUCUAUGUCCUCGAUUCUCCGGUUCUCUCCGGCGAGAAAUGAAAGUGGGGUCGUCGUCUGCGCUUCAAAGAACGCGAAUAAUCGGCCGCUUACCGGUGUGGUUUUCGAGCCGUUUGAGGAGGUGAAGAAGGAGCUCGACCUCGUCCCUACUCUCCCACAAGUCUCUCUCGCCCGCCAGAAGUUCACUGACGAAAGCGAGGCCGCCAUUAACGAGCAGAUCAAUGUGGAGUACAAUGUCUCGUACAUUUACCAUGCCAUGUACGCCUAUUUCGACAGGGACAAUGUUGCGCUCAAGGGUCUUGCCAAGUUUUUCAAGGAAUCGAGUGAGGAAGAAAGGGAUCAUGCCGAGAAAUUAAUGGAAUACCAGAAUAAGCGUGGUGGAAGAGUGAAGUUGCAGACAAUUCUGAUGCCUGUGUCUGAGUUUGACCAUCCAGAGAAAGGAGAUGCUUUAUAUACAAUGGAGCUUGCAUUGUCACUCGAGAAACUGACAAAUGAAAAGCUGCUCCACUUGCACAGUGUUGCUGUGAAGAGCAAAGAUCCGCAGUUAACAGAUUUUGUUGAAACCGAGUUUUUGGCUGAGCAGGUGGAAGCAAUCAAGAAAAUAUCUGAAUAUGUUGCUCAACUAAGGAGAGUUGGCAAAGGACAUGGGGUGUGGCACUUCGACCAGGCGCUACUCCACGGGGAUGCUGUUGCUGCGUGAUGAUGAGUUUGUCACUGUUAAAAGUCGUGUUAUGUUGUCUGGUGCGUUGAUUGUAGCUGUUUAUAGGUUUUGGUUGCAUGGUUAGAACCUUUUGUUAGUUUAUCGGAUGAGGAAAAUACACGAGGGACAAAUUUUAGCCAAAUUAGUUGAAUGCAGCUUAUGAAUCUGUUUGGUUUUUACAUAUUUAUGAAUAAUGAAUAGAAGUUGACAUA